AUGGCCGAGUAUUCGAGCUCUUUCCCCACCGGUGACGAUUUCAGCCAUCAAACUGGAGACGGAGACGAGCCAACUGUUGCCCCGACUUCAGUGAUAGAGAUCAAAUCCAACACCGGAAUCUUCAUCUUCUUCCAAUUCAUCGCGGUUGAGUGCGGUUUCCCAGGACUCCUUCUUCUGGGUUCAGUGGAUCCUCGGUUCAAGGCGAUCUUCUUCUCUCACUCGACUGGGAUUGCGGAUGCUGGGGAGAGUUCAUCUGGAGUGAGUUUAUGCAGCCUGGUCAAUCGACUGGAUCGAGCUCCCUCAUACACUUUCUUGGAGGCAAUGUGCUGCGGAUGCACUCCAACCGAGAUGCCCAUCAAUUCUGACAAAAUUCCUGAAACUUCCAGCCAACACCCCAAAAUCGGAGUCGGCACUUGGGACAUCUUCCGUUUCUUCGUCGCCUUCUGCAGUAAUGUCGAACUACGUGAGACGUUCGAGUGCUUCAUGUCAUGGUACUUUGAGCUCAAUGGCUACGUCACGUUCGAGACAAUGACUUUCACCGAAGUCACGAGUGCAUCACCCGGACACCCAGAAGAAACCCAAGGGCUCCCCACAAUCACCUAUGACGAGUUCAUGUACACUUGCAUGUAUUGGGUGAGCUUCAAGGGUGACGACAAGAUGUGCAACCUGUUCGAUGAGAAAUACGAAAAGUGCAAGGACAAAAGCCUCAGGCGAGAGCCACGAGAAAUCGAACAGCCACGAGGUGCCAUCAGAGCCCGGAUCAGAUAUGUGCGAGUUCGUCAUCAAUACUGGGUCAGCUGGUCGAGCGGCUGGGAGGUUGCCUCAUCGCAAGGGACUUCAAAGGAACACUGGGUGCAAGAGCAGAUGCUUUCUGUGACAACGCGAUUCAAAUUGAUCUGCGAAUGGGAAGGUCCAUGGGCCACCGAGGAACCCUCGACCGUGGCUCCA